CGUUAUUCGAAUCGGAUCCUGACCCGAUGUGUACAAAACUGCAAGGUUGGCUCCCUUGAUCUUGGAUUUACAUUACCAUCACAACACUCCUUUCUACAAUGGCCGAUCAGUCCAGUAGAACUGUGUUUUUAGAGAUUCAGAGUCGCCUGAUCGAACAUACUGCCAAAUUGAAGCAGGUGAAAAACCAGAUGCGAACCAAGGAGGGAGAAAAGAAGCGUGCGUACUUGACAUUGGGGGAGUUGCGCCAACAGCCUGACGAUACAAAUACAUACAAAUCUAUAGAAAUAAACAAAUCUGUUGUGCUGAACAUACCUCGAAGGAGUUCUUGGAAGAGCAAAUGGCUGAGGUAGAGAACAACUUGAGCUUUUGCACCAAGACCUCUCGCUUGUUAGAUAAUGUCCAUGAGUAAUGUAAGUUUGCUGUUUUUCACAACUUACAAAGAGUACAUUGUGUUUUACAUUUGAAGGGAAGUAGUAAGUUAUGAUAAGAAAUGUGUUGAAAUUUCUGGAA